AUGAAGCACUCUAAUAGCUCUUUGGAAUUCUUACCUACAAUGUUCAUUCUGGUUGGCAUCCCAGACCUGGAGGCAGAGCACAUCUGGAUAUCCAUCCCUUUCUGUUUGAUGUACAUUAUCAUCUUCCUUGGGAAUGGCACCAUUCUUCAUGUCAUCAGAACAGAUGCUGCCCUACACCAGCCCAUGUACCUCUUUCUUGCCAUGUUGGCACUGGCUGAGGUUGGUGUCUCUGCAUCCACUCUGCCUACAGUGCUAGGCAUCUUUCUUUUUGGCACCAAUGAAAUUAGUUUUGAUGCAUGCCUUCCAGAUGUUCUCUAUCCAUUCUUUCUCCAUUAUGGAAUCAGCAGUGUUGCUGGCCAUGUCUGUGGACCGAUUUGUGGCCAUCUACAGCCCACUGCGCUAUACAGCCAUCCUAACCUUGCCCCGUAUCCUUGGCACAGGAGUUAUCAUUGGAUUGAAAAGCAUUAUGCUCAUGGCCCCAUUGCCCAUGCUCCUAAGGCGCCUGCCCUUCUGUGGCCAUAAUGCCCUCUCCCAUUCUUAUUGCCUCCAUCCCAACCUUAUCAUCUACCUUGUGAGGACAUUUCUAUCAACAAUAUCUAUGGACUUUUCAUUGUUACCUCCACUUUUGGGCUGGAUUCCCUACUCAUUGUGAUAUCCUAUGGGUGCAUUCUCCACACUGUAUUGCAUAUCGCCACUGGGCAGGGGCGAAAGAAGGCGCUCAACACAUGUGGCUCACAUAUCUGUGCUGUGCUCACUUACUACGUGCCUAUGAUUGGCUUAUCUCUGGUGCACCGCUUUGGACACCAUGUGUCCCCUUUGUUGCAUGCUAUGAUGGCCAGUGCAUACCUUUUCUUUUCACCUCUUGUCAACCCUAUUGUCUACAGCAUUAAGACCAAGGAGAUCCGUCAUGGCAUUGCCCGAAUACUGUCAGAGAAAAGAACCAGAGUUUAG